ACGCGACCAACCACGAACCACGCCACACGCUCGCCGACUUCUUCGCCUCUCCAAAAGUCUCCUCUCCUCGCGAAAACCCUAGCUGGCGCUCAAGGCGGCGGCCGCCGCCAUGGCCGACCCGAGCUUCAACUUCCGCGUCGGCCUCGCCCUCCGCCGCGCGCUCCCGUACUACAAUGACGCCGGCCCGCAGAGCGAGUUCUUCGAGGCGGCCACCCGCGGCAACGUCCGCCGCCUCAGGGAGCUAGCGAGCGGCAAGGACGCGGAGGGGAAGGCGUGGCUCGCCGACAUGGGCUUCUCGGGCAUCGGGCCGCUCCAGGCUGCAGCGCGCUUGGGGGAAGUGGAGUCUUGCAGGUGCAUGGUGGAGGAGCUCGGCUUCGACAUCAAUGCCGGCAGCCAGCUUGGUACGUACGUAUGUUGUAUUGUUGUUCCUCCUAUGUAGAGCUCUGCUCUGCUUCCUUCGUAGUGAUUGCUCUGCCGUAUCCUUCGAUGGAAGU